CCUACAAGUAUACAUCUAAGUGUGACCUGUGCACAGAGAGCAUUGUUACUUUCGCCAUAAUUUCGGACGCAUUGCCUCUGAAUUGUUAUCACAAAAACAUACCCGUAAUUGUCCAAUAUAUCAUCCAAAUUUUACCAUGUUUCAAUUACCGGUGCUUCAUGGUCCAGUGAUACCGAGUCGUUAUAAUAUGUUCUUCAAUCCAAACAUUUGUCAUAUUUGCAAGCCAGGAGCACAAACAGUUACACCAGCCGCAUCAUAUACAAAUCUGCAAGGUAAUAGAAGAAUCAUUAUUAAAAAUGGACGUAACAUGGACCACUGAAUUAAAUAACAUGGAAUGGUUCCACUCGAGGAUGGAGUUGAUAAGUUUAACUGAAAAGGAAUUGUCGCGUCCUCUUGAAUUCCACGAAAAGCAGAUAAUUUUAUACGCAAAGUCGUGUCGUAUUUGUCAUCAACAGACAAAUCUGCGAAAGUGCACGACAUGCUCUUCCGCCAACUAUUGCACUGAUCACGCAGAAAUCUUUCAAAAAAUUCAUAACUCUAAUUGCGACAAUCAAUUUUUGUGUCUCCUGUUAAACAUCGCAUUGAUGAACUAUUUGACAGAUUUAUUAUAUUUCGCUUUUUCUCUCGAUGCAUACAUACCACUUUCUAAUAUGACCUCAUUUAUUCAAACAUAUGUGAAACCAAGAUAUGAGAGACUAGAUAAUAAAUCGCUUUCUUAUAAAUAUCUAUUUUCUGAAUACGCAUCAGCACCGCUGACUCUGUAUUAUGGACUGAUGAAUACAAAGUUAUUUGAUACUUUGAAUACACAAGAUAAUUACUACGUUAUUCAUAUAAUACACGCAAAGUACUAUAAUAGAUCUUAUCUUCGUGCUUUUGAAAUUCUUUUGCAUCUUUUAUGCCAUAUACAGCAUUUAACAAUUGUAAUGACAGAUAUGGGAAUAUACAUGGAUAUAGAUGCGGGAAUACCUACAGAAUGUUUUAAUAUUAAUGUUUGUGAGCGUUGUAUAGAAAGUAACCGACAGUUGAUGGUGGAGUCUUAUUCUAUGACUUACUGCCAAUAUGCAAACAGUAAUGCAUAUAAACGACCAAAUGUGAUUUUAGGAUUUGGGAUAGAUUUUAAGGUUAUCCCUAAAUGGCCGAAAAUGUUUUUAGAAUUGCGUAAGCAAUACUGUCCCUUGUUUUUAACCGCCACAUCCAAACUUGAAGCGGAAAAAUGUAUAGGUAAAUUGUACACUGUUUUAAAUACACUAUUAACUCCUUUAUACUUUGGCGAAAAUAAAUUUCGUUCCUUAGCGCCAUGUAGAACAUUUUACAGUGAUGAGAUGUAUUAUCAUAAUAAGUAUUUAGUUAUUUUGUUGAAUUUAAAUGAUAUACUCUAACACAUUGAAGUUAUAAUAGACAAUUGUAAUAUCAUUAUGUUAUCAUCUUAAACGAUAUAAGAGAUUCUAUACGACUUGUGCCGUAUGCAUAAUAUAGACAUACAUAAACAUAAUACGACAUAUACAAUGAAUAUACAGAGUGUCCUAGAACAAUGGUAUCAGAGCUCGUAUGGUCAUAGGACGGAUUAAGUCAAUCAAAAACAUCCCAUAGUGCUUUGCGAUAUUCGUUAUUAUUAUCGAGUUAUCAAUUACAGAAAUCUGAGAAGUAAGCGGGCGCCAAGAUGAAUGAUUGCAGAAGUAUCGCAGCCAUUCGGCAAUCGCGCGGCCCAGUCGAUCUGGCAUUUGUUGUCAGCAUGUGGGGAAGAGAAGGACAAUGCACUAGUCUUAUCUCGCCAUUUCUACAUCUCACUAUGUGCCAGCAACAGUUGUUGGAUCAACUGUUAUACUAUGGCCGCAUUAUAAACCGAGUGACUGUAGUGCUUCUUCAAUCAUUUAUCUCGGCGCACGUCCACUAGUCAGAUUUUUGUAAUUAAUAACUCGAUAAUUAUUACGAAUAUCACAAAAAAUGGUAUAGAACUUUUAUAUUUGUCUUAAUCCAUAUUACGCUCUAAUACCAUUGUACUGGGACAUCCUGUAGAUCUAAAUAUACACAUACACAUAUCAAAUAAAA